UAUCGAAUCCAUCUGAUACCUAUUGUCGCUCUCUACCUCUCUCUCCCCCUCGGUCUCUCUGUAUUCUCGUUGGUUCUGACUGAUUCACCUGCUGUUUUGCAUCGAGGUUGGUGGAAAUGCACCGAUCCAUCAACGCGGCAGGCCGCUUGCUCCGGCUCAGUACCCAGUCGUCGUCUCAGAAAUCACAUAACACAGCAAAUCUGAACACGAGGAAUGGUCUCUGUAUAUUCUGUCAGAAUCGACGACCGGCACGUAUCGGGUUUCAGCAAUCCACUGCUUUGGGGGUUGUUUCGGUUCGGACGGUGGCUACAUCCUCAGGCUCGGCGCCCUCGGCAGCACCUUCAGCGCAAGAUCUCUUCGCGACCCAGACUCCGGAUAUAUCCAAUCAUUAUACCAUUUUUCCAAAAACUUUACCGCAGGGCCCUCCUCCAGCAAGCCCGUUCGAUAUCCCUAUCCCAAAUCUCCGUCGGGAGUUCUUAGCGUUGCAGGCUCUCGUCCAUCCUGACAAGUACCCAUCGGGAGCUACCAAACAGCGGGCCGAAGCUCUCUCUGCGCAUAUAAACGAUGCAUAUCGUACUCUCUCCGACCCUUUGACCCGGGCGCAGUAUCUGCUCCUAUUCCAACACGGGAUCGACGUGACCUCCGAGGACGGCGCGAAGACUCACCCUCAAGACCCCGAAACAUUAAUGCAAGUGCUAGAAACACAAGAGAUGAUUGAAGAAGCAGAGAAUGAAGCGACAAUUUCGGGCCUGAAAAGCGAAAAUGAAGGACGGGUCAAUGAGACGGUACGAGCACUGGGAGCUGCCGUCGACCGAGGAGAUGUCGACGAAGCAGUGAGGGAGUGCGUGCGUUUGCGAUUCUGGUAUAGCAUUCGUGACGUCCUGAGGGAGUGGGAGCCCGGCAUGAGGGAUGUACGAUUGGUGCACUAAAUUGGGCAACAGGGAUCCCAAGGCGUAGCUCUGAUUCCAAACAGGCCUCGCGCCUUGAAUAACGGAGCGGCAGGACCCAAGUCUACAGCCUCUGCGGGAAUAGCACUCCGUUAUCUAUCCGGCUACCUGGACAUUUUGUUUAUUUUGACUUUCCUUGGUCAUCGGGUGGCCUGAAUUCGGAAAUUUUCUAUCCGCUCAACCACUUCGGCCAGCAUGAGAGCGAUUUGUAUUGUAGAACGACUAUACCCCUGCGGUUGGAUGGCUAUGAAUGUCGGCCUGAAAAAUUUAUGUUACGCAUGUAUACUCCGUACACAUACAUACAUUGAUAUAAUAUACAACUACUGCAACAUAUUGUUCGUUGCCUCUGGCUGU